UUGUCCGUCUGAGUCGUAUUCUAUCGGUAACUAAAGUAAUUGACGUCUGGCUCUGCCAACCGCAAAUCAGAUUAGACUUUGUUUGGGCGUAGCUAUCCAAUCAGCGGCCAGGUCCCGCCCUCUCCUCCAGUGUUACGUGUGUUGAGUAACUGACUUUAAGUUUCUCCGCUUUGUGCCGACAUCUCUCCCGCUCUCGUAAACACACAACUAACCAGGGGCCAUGAACAGCUUCAUCACAGCCGCUGCUCGGUGUCUCCGGUCGGGGGCCGCGGUCUACGUGCCCAGGCGAGCCGACGUGUGGUCGGCCUCGGGCCGGCGGCUCCUGUGCGCGGCGGCGGGCGUCCAGAAGGACCUUGGGGAGAUGGUGAAGAAGGACAAGGUGGUGGUGUUCAUCAAGGGGACACCGGCUCAGCCCAUGUGCGGCUUCAGUAACGCCGUGGUGCAGAUCCUCCGGAUGCACGGAGUGGACGACUACGCCGCCUACAACGUGUUGGACGAUCAGGACCUGAGACAAGGAGUCAAGGACUUCUCCAACUGGCCCACGAUCCCUCAGGUGUACUUCAACGGCGAGUUUGUUGGAGGCUGCGACAUCCUGCUCCAGAUGCACCAGAACGGAGAUCUGGUGGAGGAGUUCAAGAAGCUGGGAAUCCACUCUGCACUGCUGGAAACUGAGAAAGAAUCCAAGUAGAGCAUGAGUAUAAGCUUCAAAGAGCUGACAACACAGAGGACGCGUUUAUCAAGUUGAAUCCCCCCCACUCAUGUGGUCACAUAUGAAUCAAGUCUGUAGGCAGCCAUGGGAGAGGCAAAGUGUAAACAAUUCUGGUGGUGGCACUUUGUCUUGAGUCAGGAAUAUUUAGGCUUCACAGUGCUCCAUACCCAUAAAUAGUUAAGUGUGAUACAGAGCUCCUUACGCACUGUUUAUACUUUAUACUCCUCUUAAUGUGCACAGAUCACGUACCCGACAGGUGGGGACUUAAAUAUUGGAAGAAAAGUGUUGACAGUGUCUUCACAGGGAUUCAAAAGCAUUUUUACUACAAUUCUCACCUUGUCUGUAAAGCUGCAGUCACAUUUUCCGGUGUAUUAUUACAUAUUAUCACAUUUUAUGAUUAUAUGGGAAACUCAUUCGCAACAUUAGCAUUCACUUUGACUUCCAGUUCUGGUCACUCAGACUAAUGUCAGCCCAAUGUUCACUCUAUCUCUGCUGUGGUCUCCACGCACUCCUGAAAAAAACCUCAGACCCUGUAGCUGCUACAUGCACCACUCUGCUCAACAGCUAGUUAACUUUAGUAAGUCUGGUGCUGGGCAAGUAGUUUUCCACUGAGAACCGCUGGCUGCUGGUCAGAAUGUUGCUGUGAGAGGGAACCAAGAGUUGUGGGCCAGAGUUAAGACAGAGUUGAGACAAAGAGAUCAUUCUCUGUGGCUUUGUCAUUAAUGAGCUACUCCUUUCAUAUUACACAAAAUCUUCUGAUCCAUUGAAAAUUGUGAUCAUAGCAGCUUUAAUAUUUUCUCAUCACACAGGGAGGGAAAGCUUAGAUUCCAAAUUUUAUCCUAAAAGCUGUUAUAAAACAAAAUGUUAAGUCAUCAUCGUUGCUCCAGUCACAGCAAAUACUAACAACGAAUCCUGUCGGAGAAUCAUUAAGGUUGGACUUCCACUGUUUGGUUAACUACCGGUGCUUUAACUGGUUUUACACAAAAAUGCAGGUAACCUUUCUUAUCCUGCCCUUUACAAUCCCUGCUACCUCUACUGUCCAUCUCUUUUCUCAAGCCACAGUCACUUCAAGACCAAAUGACUCUCAGGGUGCAACUAGAUAUAAGUGAAGGUGAUUAUGAAGCUUUUUCUUGGGUCACACCACAAACCUUCUGAAUGCACUGCCUGCAAGUACAGUUUACCUGGAGGAGGAACAGUGGACAGUAAAGCUGAUGUGGGUUCAUAACCAUAUAAAGGGGUUUUAAGGUAAAUGCUGUCCAAUGACAUAACAUGUGAAUUGGGUUUAGUAGAGAAGGUAAACCAGACAUGGGCCACACUGUCAGUAGCUUCUAACAUUACCCUCUAUCUGUUCUUCCUGCCAGGAUCCACAUCCUAAAUGUGCCCCUCUGUUUUAAUGUCAACUCCCGCUGAAACGCAACAAACUAGAAUAUGCCUGAUACGUUGAAAAUGUUGGAGUCUGCUAUCUGUUUUUUUUUUUUUCUUGUGUUAGGGGCGGGGGGGUGUUUUUUUUCUUUUAAAUUAUCUCUCCUUCAGCCUAAGAACGUUGCGAUCUUUAUCAAUCCUCCUGUAGAUGUUCCUCCUGCUGCACACAGUUGUAUUAUCAAAGCAAAGGUCAUGUAGUACACUGUAAGAUAUUGUACAUUGAAAGCAUAUUAUUAAAUGUAUUUUAGCUGCAUGUAAACCCUACGCCAAUUAAAUAUUUUGUGACAAAUAA